GUUAUUUGUAUCAUAUUAAUAGAAUGCAAUAUUAUUAUACUGUGUUUCAUAUGCAAUAUUAAGCAGUGUACAUUUUAAAAUGAACUAUUAAGUGUUGGUUGGAUUAAAAACCUGGACCGUUGUUUGUCCCCAAGGACCUUAGAUGAGAAGCCCUGCUUUAACAAAGACAUGGCACACCAGCUAGAAAGUCUCACUCACUGACCUGGAAAUCUCACUCUGGGAUAGUCAACCCUUGGCAUCUCUGUUAAGUCAAUGGCGCAGUGCAAUUUUAGGCUUUGCGCUUUUUGAAAAUACACUCGCAUUACAGCUGUUCAGCCAUUACAGAAAUUCAUAAUUGGUUCUAUUUUCAAAUAUCGGCAUAUUUUCCAAGUUGCAAAACACUGAUGUGCCCAGUAAGUACACCGAAAUACACUCGCUAAUUAAGACAAGACCCCAACCGUGUCUUAUUUAAGGUGCGAUCUCUGGCAAAGUUCCUCAGCUGUAUUAAACAAUGGAGGAUAUUGAAGCAUUAUUGAGUCUCAGAGUGCAGCAAGAGAGGGAAGGGAGGAGAAGACGACCUUACCCUCAUCCCAGAAUAUUAAGACCGCGACCAACAUAUUUAGAUCUAACUCCUAUGCAGGUUCUGCGUAGAUAUAGAUUAGAUUCCGGAACAAUAACAGAGUUGUGUGAUAUGUUGAACAGCGAGUUAGAAUCGACAACAGCCCGAAGUCACGCAAUACCUGUACCAGUAAAGGUUACAGCAGCUCUACAUUUCUAUGCGACGGGAGCUAUCCAGACAACAGCUGGGGACAGAUCGGGCAUCAGUCAGUCGUCAAUGUCAAAGAUGCUGACUGAUGUCACAAAUGCACUAUACCGUAGGGCAACACAGUAUAUCAAAUUCCCCAAAUCUGAGGCAGAACAAAAUAAUACCAAAAAUGCUUUCUAUCAAUUGGCAGGCUUCCCUAACAUAUUAGGUGCCAUAGAUUGCACACACGUUGCAUUAUGCCCAGAUUUGACUAAUGAAAAUGCAUUCCGAAACAGAAAGCACUAUCAUUCCAUAAAUGUGCAGGUUGUAUGUGAUGCUCAUUGUGUCAUCACUGAUGUAGUUGCCAAGUACCCCGGCGGAUGCCAUGAUUCAUUCAUUCUACAGAACAGUGGUUUAUUUAGAAAAUGUGAACAGGGACUUCUAAGAGGAGGCUGGCUUUUAGGUGACAGCUCAUACCCAUUAAAACCAUGGCUGAUGACCCCCAUUUUAAAUCCAGACACAGAACCAGAAACAAAAUACAACUGUGCUCACAUUUCUACUCGAAACACCAUUGAGAGGUGUUUUGGGAUUCUGAAAAAUAGAUUUAGAUGUCUACAUAAGUCUACAGGUGAGCUACAUUAUGACCCUGCUAAGGUAUGCAAGAUCAUUGUGGUGUGUUGCAUGCUGCACAAUAUUGCCACUCAGCGUGGUCUGGAGUUUGCUUUGGAACAUGGAGAGGAAAUGCUACCAGGGGACACAGAUGACAGUAACCAUGAUGAAAUCCUACACGGCCCUGGACCACAGGAGAGGCAAAUACGUGAACAGGUCAUCCAUGAAUUCUUCACGAUGUAGCAAAUCAUUUAGACGGUCCUCUCUGGAGGGGUGGCGGCGAGUUGCAGGGAAAGGAGGACCUUCACCCUGGCUUUCAGAGGACUGGGAUGAAUUGGGCGACACCGCUGCACUUCUCUGUACUGCCCCACACUGCACUGUUUCAG